AUGUCGCAAGAGCAGCAUGGGGAAUCCGAGGCGCUCACGCGGAAGCAGCUGGCGCUCAGCGAGCAGCGUCAAAAGGACCUUCAGCGUACUGCGGAGGAGCGGCGGGUCGCGCUGGAAGCCCGGAAGGCUGAGGCCGAGGAGGCAAAGAGUCGAAUCGAGGACUUAGAAGCGAAAGCGGAGAAGCUGGAGGCCAAAGUCACCUCGCUGGCGCAGGAGAACCACGAGCUUCGGGAGGCUGGGGCCGCCAGGCCCCGCCGGGGCGCCGAGGUGCAGUCGUUCUCGGGCAACCAUGCCACAGGUGAGGUGGCGCAGCGCUUGGCUCUUGCGGAGGAGAGCUUGAAGGAACAGAAGAAGUUCGAAGAGCUCCUGAAGAACCUGCUGUCGCAGCAUGAGGCAGACCUCAAGAGCUCAAAGGAGGAGAUGCAGAAGAUGGAAAAGACCUUGGCCGAGUUUCAGGAGAAGGAGGAGAGGGCCAAGGAGGCGAAGAAGGUCCAAGAGGCGCUGGAGGCCAAGAUUGAAGAGAUGCACGCCCAGGCACAAGAAGUUCGGCAGCAGCUGCACACCAAAGACCAAGAGCUGGAAGAGGUGAAGAAGGAAUGCGCUGCGAAGGACAAGGAGCUCGCUGGGAAGCUGGAGAAGGUGGAGUUGGAGCGUGCCCAGGAGAGCGACAAUGACGAACGGAAGUGGGAGAAGAGGUACCAGGAGCAGUUGAAUUCCCACGCCGCGGACCUGGACAAGCUGUCGCAGGUGGAGCAACAGCUCAAGGACGACUCCGAGAAACAGCUGCAGAACGCCAAGAAGAUGAAAGUUCUGCUGGAGGCGAAGACCAGGCGAGCCUCAGAGGAGCAGGAGAUCUUCAAAGGUCGACUCGGGGAGGCGGAUCAGACGAAAGUCAAGACCUUGACCGAGGAGAUUCGCGAGUACCGGGACCAGCUGCUGGCGCUGCCCGAGGCGGAGGCUCUGCAGCGCCUGGGCAACGAGCUGCGGGCGGCGAAUCGCCAGCUGGAGCUGAGCCAAACGCAGCUCGAGCAGACCGAAGCAGAGCGAGACCGUCUCGAGGAGGAGGCGCACGCCGCCAACACGCGAGCCAAACAGCUGCAGGAGAAGCUCUCAGCGGAGCAGCGGGAGCUGCUGCGGCUGCAGCGGGGCAGCCGACUGGAGCAGAAGGCCUUGGCCAAGCUGUCGCAGAUGGAGGCACUGGACACGGAGCUCAGGGGCCUGAAAGUGGAGAACCGGUCCCUGCAGGAGCGCCUGGAGGGCAACCGGGAGGCUGCCCAGCACCGGGAGCUGCAGAAGGAGUGGCAGGCGCAGAAGGUGACGCUGACGGAGAAGCUGGAGCAAUUGCAGGAGAGACCUUGA